UCUGUCAACAAUGUCGUCCCUGAAGCAGCUUGAUCCAGCAGUCUGCAAUGUCAAGGUGACACCAGGAGCUGUAGUGUGUCUUGAGGCGGACUACCAGGGAGAAAUAACCAUAGGGGCUCGCACUGUCAUCCAUCCAAAGGCACGUAUUAUAGCUGAAGCUGGACCUAUUAUCAUUGGUGAAGGCAACUUAAUAGAGGAGCAAGCCCAAAUAAUCAACAGGUUACCUGAGGGUACUGAACCUGGAGAAGAACCACAGGUUAUGGUCAUUGGCAACAGUAAUGUAUUUGAGGUCGAUAGCUAUUGCCAGGCAACUAAAGUUGGAGACAACAAUGUUUUAGAAGCUAAGAGUCACGUUGGCCCAGGAGUAGAGCUGACACGAGGAUGCGUCAUAGGAUCUCUGUGUUCAAUCACAUGCCCGCAGGUUGUUUCUGAGAAUACAGUGAUUUAUGGUGAUGAGCUGCAUAGACGAAACCAGUCAGAAAAACCAGCACCUCAGGGUCUUCAACUUGAUUUCCUGAUGAAGAUCCUUCCCAACUAUCACCAUCUUAUCAAACCUAAGAAAAAAGUUGCUGUAUGAUUCCAUUCAUCUUGAGGAUAGCUUAAAGCUUUAAAAUAUAUGACAGAUUGUUCUCAUAUUACUGUAGGGUAAAUAUAAGUUGCUUAUGUAAUACAUUCACUGGAAGUAUAUUAUUUAUGUUUUUUUUUUUACUCCCUUUUGUAUAUUGUUAGUAUUUAAUUAUUAUGAAAAUGGCUUGCAUUUCUAACUUUAAGUAGCCUGAGAUGUACUUCUAUCAGUUUUAUAGGAAGAGGGGAUAUUUUUGACAGAUACUGUCAAAUCUUCCACUUUACUUAUGGCUUUCAUUUUAGCUAAAGCAGUUUACAAUAGUAGGAUGUGGAAAAAUUGUAUGCUGUACUGUUGUUGAAUUUCUUAAUUUGUUUCACUCACAUACACAAGGACAGUGAUCAUCUGUAUAAUAUGCACAUUAUUCAAAAUAAAACAUGUACUAUAAAAAAGACCUUACUUUUAUUUGGGUGAUAUCAUUGUAUUUAUGUACCUUUGACAUUUUAUUGACAAAAAACAGAUAAGCACCUCAUAAAGAGUCAUACUGCAAGAUGAGUGAUAAUAAAUUCAGUUAUCUCAAGAUAACAAAAUCAAGAUGUAAUAACAUCCUUAAAAGAUAAUCACCAUACUAGAUUUUGGUAAAUGAAAAGUGUUUUACAAUCAGAUUUUUAUGAAAAAAAGAGUGUAAGAUCUUAUAAUAAAAAUAUAUAUAAAUGGGAAAGCAUUUACUCAUUAGGUUUGUUGUAAACAUGAGUCAGUGAUAAAUACUGAUGGAUACAUUGCAUAAAAUGACAUGCAUAUUUCCUGACUCGGACUGAAAAGACAUCUUUCCCUUGAAAAGGACAAAUGGUUAUUGGUGUUUUCAGUUGUUAUGAUGCAACAUUUUUUAUGCCUUAUAUCUUGAUAAAGAUGUUAUAGGAAAAUAAAAGACAAUCCUAUAACAUAACAGUAAUGAAUUUGAGUGUAAUAAAAUUUCAGGUUUUUCAA